AUGCAAUCCAACGUGCGAGUAGAGGAGGUUUGUGUUAGUAUUCGUGAAAAGUUGAAUGGUCCCUCCCCUUCACAAUCUAAGUGUUGUAUAUUUAGAGUACAUGGCGAAUUACGCAAUGUGAAUAAAACGGCUUAUGAACCAAAGAUUAUUGCAAUUGGUCCUUAUCAUCGUAGUACAAUUACACUACAGGCAACGAAUAAAUACAAGUUGCACUAUUUUCAAUUACUUCUCGAACAAAAAAAAGAGAUCACUGUGGAGAAAUAUGUGGAUGCUAUGAGGUUAUUAGAAGAAGAUACUCGUAAGUGUUAUGGAGAACCCAUAGGCGUGAACGAAAAUGAAUUGGUUGAAAUGAUGAACGAAAAUGAAUUGGUUGAAAUGAUGGUACUGGAUGGUUGCUUCAUCAUUGAAUUGAUCCGAAAGUUUGUGGAUUCUAGUUUGAGAGACGAGCAUGAUCCUAUUUUUCCAAUGGACUGGAUUGUUAACAGCUUGCAACGUGACUUGAUGUUGUUCGAAAACCAGCUUCCAUUCUUUGUUCUUCGCAAGUUGUUCUACAUGAUUGAUGCAAAACCUGAUGACAGCAGGUUCAUUAAUCUGGCCUUGGAUUUUUUCCGCGAUCUUCUACCAGUUCAUAGAAAAAGUAUUGAAGGAAGUUCACCAAAAAAUGCUAAGCAUUUGCUCGGGUUAAUACACAGUUACUGGCUUCCUUCAUUUGCAGGAAACGUCACAAGUGAAAAAUUCGCGGCCAACAAUAAAAAUUGUCAGUCCAUUCAUUGUGCAACAGAGCUUAGAGAGGCCGGUAUUCAGUUUGUGAAGAAUGAAGAAUGUAGUUUGUUUGAUAUCAAGUUUGAAAAUGGAGUUAUACACAUGCUUCCUUUAAUCAUCGAAGACAGAACAGAAACGUUGUUCAGAAAUCUCAUUGCAUACGAGCAGUAUGGUAAAGACGAAGAUUUCAAAUAUUAUGUCACCAACUAUGUGGAAUUCCUGGAUAACCUCAUUGACUCUUCAAACGAUGUUGGCAUACUUUGUCGCCGGAAAAUUAUUGAGAAUUGGUUAGGUGAUGAUGAAGUGGUUUCCAACAUAUUUAACAAGAUUACCGAUGCUGUCACAAGGACAAACAACGACUUCCAUUAUGCUGAAAUCUUCGCUAAAGUGAACAUUCAUUGCAACAAACGCAGGAAUCGAUGGAUUGCCAAAUUGAGGCGAAACUACUUGAAUAGUCCUUGGGGAAUUAUUUCAAUUGCUGCUGGCUUCAUACUACUUCUACUCACUUUCACACAGACUUUCUUUACUGUUGUUCCUAAAUGGGCAUUAGACUAG